AUGCGUUGUUGCGUGUUUCCAAUGUAUUUACCAAGUAUUACCCAAGUAUUAUUGUUAGAGGUUGUUUAUUUCAUUUUGGACAAAGUCUAUGUCGUAAAUCUUGGUUCAAAAACACAAUACAAAGAUGACGAAAACCUUCGUGAUUGGUUCAGAUCUUUUGCAGCAUUAUCGUUAUUACCAUUAAAGCAUAUGUUAUGGGGUUUGCAGCGCCUAAUUCGUACUCGACCAGGCUAUCCAGGUUUUCAAGGAUUUAUUGAUUAUUAUCAUAAUACAUAUGGACCAUUCAGUCGAUUUCCGCCUCAUAUGUAUGACCAUUAUCGUAAUAUAACACCUCGAACAAUUAAUUAUUUGGAAGGUCGACAUUCUCGAAUGAAAAAACACGUAAGUUCACCUCAUCUAAACAUUUAUAUUGCUAUUGGUUUAGUCCAAAAGGAAUCGAUUGCACGAGUACAAGAUGGUAUGGGAGCUCCAGCUCCAAAACGUCGAAAAAACAAAGUUAUAACAGAUAAAUGUCUAAUGAAAUUAUGGCAACGUUAUGAUGACGGUCGUAUUGACAUUCCGGCGUUCUUGAAAGCUGCCGGUAUGAGAUAUUUUCAACGUCCAUCGAAAAGUUAA